AUGAGAUUAUUCAAACGAAGGUCUAGCGUUCCAGAAAAGUCACCCAACACUCAACAACCGAAUCAAGGACGGUCUCUCAGUUUCUCAGGGACUACGGAAGAAUUGGAAGAAAAGGAGCAAGUCGAUUUGACAGAUGAAUAUAUGAUUUCUCCAACCACCUCGAUCCCAUUGUCCGAGACCGAAACUUUAAACGGAGAUAGAGACCAUUUGCAUAGAUUGGAAUUACAAAAUACGUACGUGGAGAACUUCAAUAGCUAUUUGCCUUUUGUUCUUAGAAGGUUAAGACUUCAUCAACAUGAAAAUCAAAGUUUAGGGGAUGGGACCAUAAUAGAACCAAACGCUAAUUUUGAUGAUGAUGAUGAUUUACCGACAAUUCUAGAUGAACCCAUAGACGAUCCUUAUGGUACCACUAUCAUGGAAAAUAACAUUUCCAGAUAUUCUGUCAAGAGAGAAUUCAUCAUAGUCAAUGAAUUCAUCAAGCACAAUACUUAUGUAUUCCCCAGCAUCGAGAGUUUUGAACUCUUUAGAAAACUAAGGAACCAAAAUAAAAAACAACGGAAAAAUUCUAUCACUACCUAUGAUAAUGAGGAAGAAAAAUACAAUGUGAUUAGAGGUCAUGAAACGGCUGGCAAUUCGAUCAUUGAUGAUCGAAACCAUAUAGUUCCUGUGGAAUUUAAACUCGAAGGUCAAGGUUUACCAAUAUUCAGGGUAUCUGUUCCAUACAUGUCCAAUUUCCGUAAAAAUUCUCCUUUCAUUGUGUUUCAUAAGUUCAAGGAGAUUCCCAAUCCACCAGGAAACGAAGAUGAAGAAUUCGAGACCUAUCCAUUCUGUCUUGUGACUUUGAAAAGAUUUCAAGAAAUACGGCGAUACACAUUUGAAUUUCCAGAAUAUGGCUUCAGGGUAAUUUCAUUCCAGCACAAUUUUAGACCUUUCGCUGACUUUAAUUAUAAAAGUACAAGAUUCAGGGUAUUGGGCACUAAUGUCAUUAGUGCUUUUGCGUUGAAUUACAACCCCUCCUUGAAAUUGUUGGUGAUUGAUGAAGGUAAGGUCUCUCUUUGCGACUCGGUUAUCAAUCGUAAGCCUGGAUUCGAAAUUUCCUCAAUCAUCAAGAAGAAACAAGUCAAGGUGGAAGAAGAUGUUAGUGGCUUAGACCCCGCUGAUUAUCCCAACCCAUAUCCCGCUCCCGACAAUCCGUUAUUAGAAGACUCAUACUUUCAAUACUACAACAGUACUGGUUAUACCAAUGUAAGGGACUAUAUUCCUAACGAUCUUCCCCCGUUUGGUAAUUUCCUCGAUGCUUUAGUUUACAAAGAUCGAUUGAAUCUUAUUCCAAAAAAAUACUCUGAAGUUGGUAAAAUAGAGACAUAUCAAGAUCCCCACGGUGACGUUAAUUCCACUAAAUCUUCGUCAAUCGACGACAUGGUUCUUUUGUGCAUUUUGAUGACUUACAGAGAAAGCUCCAUAAGAGCUAAUGCAAGGCCAUCAAACUCGAGUGCUAUGCUUUCCUCGAGACUAUCAUCUUCCACUGCAUCCAACAGUCUAAUAUUAGGAACUGAUUUCACUUAA